AUGUCACAACAAACCAGGCCAAAUCAAAACAACACUGACUCAUUGCGAACAUACAUUGGGCAUUAUCCGAAUGGAAACAUACUUUUUGUGAUUUUGCUCUUUUUCCAAACGCAUUUGAUAAUUCAAUUAAGGUUCUUAGCCCACUCAUCUAUAGCUUGUGUUUCAUGCGCCAUGGGAAACAUUUUCGGAAAACCUAAAACGAAACCCGUCAGUCGGGUUACAGAACAGGACAAAGCAGUUCUACAACUAAAACAACAACGUGACAAACUAAAACAAUACCAAAAACGCAUAGAACUAUCGCUGGAAAAGGAUCGAGAGUUGGCGAAGAAAUGUUUAGCCAACGGGCGCAAAGAACGUGCCAAAACCUUGCUUCGGAAAAAGAAAUAUCAAGAGAAGUUGUUAAGUAAUACUGAUGCUCAGCUCGAAACGCUGGAAAAACUAGCCUCAGACAUCGAGUUUGCCCAGGUUGAAGCACAGGUGGUUAGCGGGCUUAAGGUGGGCAAUGAGGCACUCAAAAAAGUCAACGAGAUCCUAUCAAUCGACGAGGUUGAGCAAAUACUGGACGAAACGCGUGAGAGCAUUGAAAAGCAACAAGAGAUAGAUGCACUGCUGAACGGUGUACUGACCGAAGAAGACGAGGAUGAAGUGUUAGCCGAGCUGGAAAAUCUGAUUGCAGCUGAUGAGCCGAAGGCAGUGGAAACAGAAGAUAUUUCCGAUCAGUUGCCCGACGUACCGGACGACGAACUCGUCAAGGAACGCAAGCGCAAGGAGAAAGAUACAUCCGGAUCGAGCAAAAAGGUUGCCUUGCAGGCUUAAUGUGUAGUUAGCACUACCCGGACUUCUGCUUUUUGUUGAUCCGGAAAUAUUUGCCAUCGGUUUGCGUAUUGCAACGAUUAUUGUAUGCUUUAUAUACAUAUGCCUUUGUAAGUGUUUAAAGUUUUUUCACUGGUUAAAAAAAUCAGUUGUGUAAAUAAAGUUUAUCUAUCCAUGCAAAA